AGUUUACACUUCGCCGCGGCGACUUGGGGUGAAUCCUGUCCCCGAUGGGAUGGCGAGUCAGUCUGAGGCGGAGGAAGCCUUGGUCCAGCAAGCCAUCGCGCAGAGCCUGAAUGAGGCCCCUGCAGCCUUCGAAGGCUCAGCCGUGGGUGCGUCAGAGGAGGAGGACCUGCAGCGAGCGCUGCGGGAGAGCGUGGCGCUACCAAAGGAGGAUCUGGGCGUGCGCCCGCUGAUGGGGCCUGAAGGGCCCUUCUUCCCCGCGGGGCUUCUGAACUCCGGGAACUCCUGCUUUUGGAACGCCCUGGUGCAGGCGCUCUUCUUUGCGACCCCCGUCUUCCGUGGUGCGCUCUUCCAGCUGGAUCUGAAAGGCGACAGUGGCGCGUGCGAACUGUUGGAGUCCUUGUGCCGUCUCUUUGCGGAGAUGGACAUGGGCCUGGCAGGGGCCAUCGAUGCCGGAAAGCUGUACCGCAUGAUCUUUCAGCAGGCCGAGGAGGCUGAUGUCUCCGAGCAGAUGCAUCACUUGUUCCACAUCGCAUCGCAGGGUCCUCCCUCGCUCAAGGCGGUGUGGCAGGAGCUCUUCAGCGGAGACCUCUUCGAGCAGCUCAGAAGCGGCGAGAGCCGGCGCUCGGCGCUGGACUUGUGCCAGUUGGACCUCUGCGUCACGAAGCCGGCGGCGCUGCCGGAGCUUUUGGAGGACCAUGCCCAGGACGUGCAAGGCAGCAUCGUUCGCCGCUCAUACCGCUUGCCGCCGGUACUCUGGCUGAACUUGGAUCGCUUUGCCUACGAUCGCGUCGCCCAGUGCGGAAAGAAACGGCAGGUCAAAGUCACCUUCCCUCAGAAGCUCAACACCUGGAUGCUGGCGCCCCUCGAGGCGCCCUGGGCGGCGGGGAUGCGGAAGCAUGCGGAGAAGAGGCGUAGCAUCCGCGAGGAGCUGGCGGCCAACCAGCAGGUCAUGAGCGCCAGGACGGCGGAGGUGGGGUCCAAGUCCGAGUCCCUGGUCACCGAGCACUUGGAGCAAGACAUGCUGGAGGCUGCCGAGCAGCAGGAGGGUCUGAGCAGGGCACUGCAGGAGGUGGAGGAGGAGCUGCAGCGAGCAGCCGAAGAGCAGGAGCUCGUCUACGAGCUCAGGGCAGUGAUCAUUCACAGGGGAUUUGUCGACUCGGGCCACUAUUUCGCGUACGUGCGCUCACCCGCAGGUCCGCAGUGGUGCUGCCUGAACGAUGCCACCGUGAGCCUGUGCGAAGAGGAGGAGAUGCGGCGAGUGGCUGAGGGCACGACUGUGGAAGGCUCUCCACCGAUACCAGGUGCUCCGGGCGCGACAGAGGCCGAAGUAACUCCGGAGGCCCCCAUCCAGGAGCUGCUUGUUGAAGGCGAGGCUGCACCGCCGGCUCCACAGGCAUGGUGGCCCUCGAUGACCUCCAUCUUCGGCUGUUUGCCGGGGCCUGGUAGGCCCAGCAGCAUCGAGGAGUUUGGCCUGCAGGAGCCGGCCACGGGGUCGCAUGCGCCCUCUUCAGUCCUUCCGAGCUUCGAAGAGCCGGAGAAGCCUAAGAGCGAUCGCAUCGUGGACAAGGGCCCAAGCAGCACGGAGGCUCGAUGCCUGGUGUAUGCGCGCUGCGGUGUGGGCAGCGAUCGGCUUCUGGACGAGGUGAGGCAGCGCGUGCCUCCAGCGCUCCAGGAGCAGAUUGAUGUCUGCAACCAAAAGGUCCUCGGCGGCGCAGUGGACCGCGCCGUGGCGGACUUCGCCCUCUGCGCCCGCCAGCUCCAGGCGGGCGAAGGCACGGAGCGGGAGGAGCUCCAGGCCUUUCUCCAAACUGCCAGCUGGGUUCGCUUGGAAGCUGGCAUGGGCAUGGCGCGCGCUUAUUUGCUGCGGGCCUGCUGGCGUCGCCACGUGCCCUGGCUGCCGGAGGCGCGACCGGAGAAUGCGGAGGCCUCCGGAACGAACAUGUACUGCAAAGAUCUGCAUGUUACUCUGCUUGCCACGUUGACAUGA